AAUAUCCAAGCAACAGACAAAAAAAAAAAAAAACAAAAACAAAAAAAAAAAACAAUGCAAUCCCACGCUUCAUCUAAAUGAUCUCUCUAAAUUCUUCGCUGUCUCCACCUCUUCAUACCUUCUCUUUUACUAGAUCUCGGCCUCAUAUUUUCACAUUCUCCUUAUCAUUUUUUGUUUUGGGUUUUUCCACUUUUAUUAGCCUUGGUUUUCUCUUCCCAAGUGGUUGUUUAAUGCAUUUUCUUCAACCAUGAACUUUAAGAAACAAGCUUUUCCAGAGCAGUUUCUAUGGCCAAGAAAGGUACUUUCUGGUUUUGGUUUGGGCGUUGUAGUUACUGUCUUCGUUCUGGCUCUGCUUAUGUUCAACAGCUCUUUGAGGGCUCCUGUUGAACCUAUAUUACAAGGGUUUCAGAGUUUUAGAGCAAAGUCUGUUGCUUCUAAUUCUUCUUCGUUUUCUGGCAUUAAUUCUGUGUCAACUUCAGAAUUGCAAAAGUCUGGGGAUUUGGUGAAGAAAUUUGGAGAUGGAAAGGUUAUGGAUAAAACCCAUGUAGAAAAUGUGUCUCAGAUUCCUGUCACUGAAAAAUUCGAGGCGGUGGUUGGAGAAAUAUUGGUUUCUGAGAAAACCCAUUCUGAGAAUUUCACAGAGCAGGUUAAAAAUGGAAGCUUUACCGUUGAAAGAUAUGGAGUUCAAGAGCAAACCCAUCAAGUAAAUGGAUCGGUAGUUGGGAACGUAAGCUUUUCCGGCAAAGAAAAUUUGGAUGAAGGGCAAAUUAUUUCCGGUGCUUCUUUGAAAAAUCCUGGAACAGAAGCUGAUAAGGAGGUCAGAGAAAACAACAAUGUGAGCAAUAUUUUGUAUAAUGCAGAAGUUGGUACUCCUUUACUUGAAGGGAAAAACGAAUCGGAAACCAAUCGUGGAGGAAAUUCGAUCCAGAAUGAUAAAACUAACAUUUCUAAUUAUAGUUCUCAGUUUAAGAAAAUGCAGAGUGGUUCUUAUGAGGAAUGUGAUAUCUUCGAUGGUAAAUGGGUUAGAGAUGAUUCUAAGCCAUAUUAUCCACAAGGAUCUUGCCCGUACAUUGAUAAGGAUUUUGAUUGUCACCUAAAUGGGAGACCAGAUGAUGGAUAUCUCAAAUGGAGAUGGCAACCAAAUGGGUGUGAUAUCCCAAGACUGAAUGCGACUGAUUUUCUUGAGAAACUAAGGGGAAAGAAGUUGGUUUUUGUGGGGGACUCACUGAAUAGGAACAUGUGGGAGUCUCUGGUGUGUAUCCUCCGUCAUAGUCUUAGAUAUAAGAAAAGAGUUUAUGAGAUCUCCGGGAAGAGCGAAUUCAAGAAGAAGGGUAUUUAUGCGUUCAGAUUUGAGGACUACAAUUGUUCUGUAGAUUUUGUUGCUUCUCCAUUCCUCGUUAGGGAAUCUACAUUCACGGGUAGGAACGGAACAUUUGAGACACUAAGAUUAGAUUUGAUGGAUCAGACAACUUCAAUGUAUCAUGAUGCCGAUAUCAUAGUCUUCAACACCGGCCACUGGUGGACACAUGAGAAAACAUCUAAGGGAGAAGACUACUACCAAGAAGGCAACUAUGUGCACCCUAGACUCAAGGUUCUCAAAGCAUACCAGAGAGCCCUGACCACUUGGGCCAGAUGGGUUGAUAAGAACAUCGAUGCCAACCGUACUCUGGUUUUGUUUAGAGGAUAUUCCGUUACUCAUUUCAGAGGAGGCCAAUGGAACUCAGGUGGUCAAUGCCACAAAGAAACAGAACCUAUCUUUAAUGAAAGUUUUCUUUCAAAGUACCCAUCAAAAAUGAGAGCUUUAGAUCAUGUGCUUCAAGAAAUGAGAACUCCAGUGGUCUAUCUGAACAUAAGUAGGCUUACAGAUUGCAGGAAAGAUGGACACCCUUCGAUUUACAGAAUGAAAUAUAAAACAGUAGAAGAGCAGAUUGCCGCCGAGCGAUCUCAGGACUGCAGCCAUUGGUGCUUGCCUGGAGUUCCAGAUACUUGGAAUGAAUUGCUGUAUGCUUCUUUUUUAAAUGCCAGAAGAGGAUCUUGGAUAAAAUGAAGAAAGCGUUUGUAUACAAAGUUACAAACCACAUGUUAAACGUAAAAUUUUUAGCAUUCUUUAGAUUAAUUGAUUUCUUAGGUUGUGUUUAUUGUAUGUUGAUCUAGAUUGACAAAUGUUAGAUUUCCAAGCCACAAGCAAUAUGUAUAUUUUCACGGUUCAAAGGUGUGGACAAUAAAAUUCUUUGAAACUUUUUUGAUUUUUA